AUGGAAUAUUCUGAAAGAGCAGAAGGGAUGCAAGAAAGUAAUCAGAGACAUGGAGCUCUGCAAGAACAACUACCAAAAACAGGAAACCAAGCUGUUGGACCUAUUGAGAUAUUCCGCUUUGCUGAUAGUCUGGACAUUGCCCUCAUGACCCUGGGAAUACUAGCAUCCUUGGUAAAUGGAGCCACUGUUCCUUUAAUGUCUCUGGUUUUAGGAGAAAUAACUGAUCAUUUUACUAAUGAAUGCCUACUCCAAACUAACAGAACGAACUAUCAGAACUGUUCAGAUUCUCCAGAGAAGCUCAAUGAAGAUAUCAUUAGGUUGACUCUGUAUUAUGUUGGGAUAGGAGCCUCUGCCCUCGUUUUUGGCUACAUACAGAUUUCCUUCUGGGUCAUAACCGCUGCCCGGCAAACCACGAGAAUUCGAAAACAGUUUUUUCAUUCAAUUUUGGCACAAGACAUCAGCUGGUUUGAUGGCAGUGACAUUUGUGAACUUAACACUCGUAUGAUGGUCAUGUCAUUAACUAGUAAGGAGCUGGAUGCCUAUUCCAAAGCUGGGGCUGUAGCUGAAGAAGUCUUGUCAUCGAUACGAACAGUCACAGCCUUUGGAGCCCAAGAGAAAGAAAUCCAAAGGUACACACAGAAUCUAAAAGAUGCAAAGGAUGCUGGCAUAAAGAAGGCUAUAGCUUCAAAACUGUCUCUUGGAGCUGUCUACUUCUUUAUGAAUGGAGCCUAUGGACUGGCUUUUUGGUAUGGAACCUCCUUGAUUUUCAGUGGAGAGCCUGGCUACACCAUUGGGACUAUUCUUGCUGUUUUCUUCAGUGUGAUCCACUGUAGUUAUUGCAUUGGAUCUGCAACCCCUCAUUUGGAAACCUUCACCAUAGCCCGGGGAGCUGCCUUUAAUAUUUUCCAGCUUAUUGAUAAGAAACCCAAUAUAGAUAACUUUUCAACAACUGGAUAUAAACCUGAAUGUAUAGAAGGAAACAUAGAAUUUAAAAAUGUUUCUUUCAGCUAUCCAUCAAGACCGUCUGUCAAGAUUCUGAAAGGUCUCAAUCUCAAGAUUAAAUCUGGAGAGACAAUGGCUUUGGUUGGUCCCAGUGGUAGUGGCAAGAGCACAACAGUCCAGCUUCUGCAGAGGCUAUAUGACCCAGAAGAAGGCUGCAUCACAGUGGAUGAGAAAGACAUCCGAGCCCAAAACGUGAGGCAUUACCGAAAGCACAUCGGAGUGGUCAGCCAAGAGCCUGUUUUGUUUGGGACCACCAUCGGUAACAAUAUCAAGUUCGGGCACGAAGGCGUCAGUGAAGAGGAGAUGGAGCAGGCAGCCAGGGAGGCAAAUGCCUACGACUUCAUAGUGACCUUUCCUAAGAAAUUUAAUACACUGGUGGGGGAAAAGGGAGCUCAAAUGAGUGGAGGCCAGAAACAGAGAAUCGCCAUUGCACGAGCGCUAGUUCGAAACCCCAAAAUUCUGAUCUUAGAUGAGGCUACAUCUGCCCUUGACACAGAGAGUGAGUCAGUAGUUCAAACUGCACUGGAGAAGGCAAGCAAAGGUCGGACUACAAUUGUGAUAGCACACCGCCUUGCCACUAUUCGUGGGGCAGACCUGAUUGUGACUAUGAAGGACGGCAUGGUGGCAGAGAAAGGGACCCAUGCUGAACUAAUGGCAAAGCGGGGGCUGUAUUACUCACUGGCCAUGGCACAGGGUAUUAAAAAAGCUGAUGAACAAAUGGAGUCAAAGACAUGUUCCUCUGAAGGAAAUAACAGCUCCAUUUCUCUGUGUGAUGUGAGCAGCACCAAGUUCCCCUGUGCUGAUCAGUCUGAGGAAGCCAUUCACCAUCAAAAGGCAAGUCUUCCUGAAGUUUCUCUAUUAAAAAUAUUUAAAUUAAACAAGUCUGAAUGGCCUUUUGUGGUUCUGGGAAUGCUGGCUUCUCUCCUAAAUGGAUCUGUUCACCCAGUGUUUUCUGUCGUCUUUGCAAAAUUAGUCACUAUGUUUGAAGACAAAAAUAAAACUACAAUAAAACAUGAUGCAGAACUCUAUUCCAUGAUGUUAGUCGUCUUGGGCAUUGUUGCUCUUGUCACGUACCUGAUGCAGGGCUUGUUUUAUGGCAGAGCAGAGGAAAAUUUAGCCAUGAGAUUGAGACACUUGGCAUUCAAAGCCAUGCUAUAUCAG